CCAUUCCUCCCCUGACGCGCCCGGCGUGUCUCGGUCCCCGUCCCUCCCCCCGCGGUGCGCGCCGGGAGCGGGGCCCGACCCGGGGUCGCGGCGGAACCCGCGGGCGCGGCGCGCGUUUCCGGCGGACCCGUUCCGCAGCGACUCCGCCCCCGCCGCCGCGGCUGCCGUUGCCAUAGUGACGGGGCGGGCGGACAUGGCGGCGGCGCCCGCAGGCGGCGAGAGCUCGGACGCCGACUGCAAGUGGCUGGACGCGCACUACGACCCGGUGGCCGCCCUGCCCGCCUUCUCCGCCGGCCUCGCCCUGGUCGACCUCCAUGGGGACGGGGAGCACCAGCUGCUGGCAGCCUGCGUGGGGGCGGGGGGCCGGGCGCCGGCGCUGCGGGUCUACCAGGGCGUGGGGCUGAGCAGCGAGAGCGUGCUGCCGGGCGCGCCGGCCGGGCUGGGGGCGCUGCGCUCGGGCCAGCCGGGCCCCCGGGCCCCCAGCCUGGCCGUGCCCGCCGGGGCCGCCGUCUACGUCUACCAGAACCUGCGCCCUUUCUACAAGCAUCGCCUGCCCCCCCGUGCCCCCGCCCCGCUGGAGCGCGACGUCUGGGACCAGGCCCGGCAGGACAAGAUCGACCCGCUGAUGCUGAAGGAGAUGUUGGAGAGCAUCCGAGAGAAGGCUGAGAUCCCCCUGUCAGCUCGGUCUCUGAGGUUCCUGACUUUGGAGCCCGGGGAGCUCCAGGCCUUCGUGACCCUCCACAAAGACCAACCGCUGCAGCACCAGACUGUGAUCACCUGCAUGACCACGCUGAGGAAGGACCUGGCUGAUGAGGAUGGUGCCACCUGCCUGGUGCUCGGGACAGAGAGCAGAGAGGUCCUGAUUCUGGACCCCGAGGCCUUCACUGGCCUGGCACAGAUGAUGCUCCCCGCUGUCCCGGCCUUCCUGGAGGCAACAGGGCAGUUUGAUGUGGAGUACCGGCUCACGGCCGCCUGUCGCAAUGGCUGCCUCUACCUGCUGCGCCGGGACUCCAGGCGCCCACGCUGCUGCAUUGAGCUGAGCGCCCAGCCUGUGGGCCUGGUCCGCGUCCAGAAGACCCUUGUGGUUGGCUGCUCCGAUGACACCCUGCGGGGCUACACCCAGAAGGGCAAGCGGCUGUGGACCGUGCAGCUCCCAGCCCCACUGCUGACCAUGGCACUGCUGGAGCAGAAGUCCCGUGGGUUCCAGGCCGUCCUGGCCGCCCUCAGCAACCAGGAGGUGCAUGUGUACCGGGACAAGGCCCUCCUCGAUGUCAUCCAGACCCCGGAUGUGGUUACUGGCUUGAUCUUCGGGCGCUAUGGGCGUGAGGACAGCACCCUCCUCAUGACCACCAAAGGGGGCGGUCUGCUGGUGAAGAUGCUGAAGCGGCGGGCGGUACUGGAGGCACCAUUAGCCCCCGGCCCCCCCCUGGCCCAGGCCGUGCGCCUCGCUGUGCCCAAGAAGACGCGGCUCUAUGUGGACCAGACACUGCGGGAGCGUGAGGCUGGUGCCGCCAUGCACCAGGUGUUCCAGACAGAGCUGAGCCGCCUCCGACUGUCGGCUGCCCGUGCCUAUGUCCGCGCCCUCCAGGGCAGCCUGGCCCCACUCAGCGCCACUCCCCAGCAUCCCCUCAGCCUGCGGGCCACGGUCCAGGGCAUUGGCCCCACCUUCAAGCUGACACUGCAUCUCCAGAGCGCAGCACCUGCUGGGGCCAGCACUGGGCUGCUGCUCAGCUUCCAGUAUGACGAGCACCUGUACGCCAUGGCCAGCUCCCUGCUGCGGACCCCCAUGCUGGUCCCCGGACUGAACUAUCCCAUCGAGACCUUUGUGGAGUGUCUCAGUGAUAAGGGCAUCUCUGACAUCAUCAAGGUGCUGGUACUGCAAGAGGGGCUCCGCACCCCGCUGCUGACUGUCCACAUCAACAUGCCUGUGAGCGAGGGGCUGGUAGCUGCCUGAGACCCCCAUCCCCCAGCUGGCCCAGCCCAAAGUAGCCCCCCCAAGGCAUGUCAGACUGGCACAGAUGUGCAGCACAGGGAAAGGGGACCUGGCACCAGUGGUCCACAGCAUCCAAUGCUCUGGUGGGGCUGGUCCAGGGAGGACAGGGUGGUUGAUGGUGGAAACCAGGGGUCACCCCAGCUCCCUGCAGCAACUGCUGAGAUGUACCCCCUCCCCCCUGCGGAUAGAGCAGUAAAUAGAGCAGGUACGUCA